UUGUGUUUACUGUCAACACAGAGGGACAGAGCUUUGCUUUAAUGAGCCAUUUGACUCGAUAAAAACACGAAAAACAAAAACUAUUUCUAAUGCCGCCGCCCUUCUGUUGCGGUGGUCGGCGCUGUGCCCAGGAUGCUGCACAAAAGGACGAGCUGCUGGACGGUGUGGCAGACAAAACAAAAGAUAAAAUAAACGUGACGGCCUCCGACUAUGAGCGUCCGUUGACCCUCAAGUUCUAUGCGCGUCACGAUUGGCCAUAUUUCAACUGCACUCCGGAGGAGAUUCAGCAAAUGCGCGAGAAACUCGAUCCGGAGUCAUUGAAGAUAACUGCCAGACUGUCGGAAGCCCAGAGCCAAAGCAGCACCGAGGUCCUUGUGCGCACCCAGAAAGUGGAGCAUGCCACGGCACAGCCCAUGACGGUCAAUCAAAUCUAUGGCUGGUAUCAGGAUCGUGCUCAGCGUUACCUCAAGCAGGAUCGCGGCGUCUUCGUCUUUCCACACGAGAACGAUCCCCUGAUACAGCAGAUUCUACGCGACAAAAUGAAUAAAUCUCGUUAAUGCUGCACAACUAACAACAAAAACAACACACACAAAACACACAAAAACACGAAUUAACACAACAAAUUUAAGUCUGUUUAAUGAACAAUUAUUAUAAGAAAUUAGCUGCCACCCAAACAGGGCCAAAACAUAUUUG